AAAAAAAUUGUACGUUUUAAUUUGCAAAAGUUUCAAGCAUUUGGAAAAUUUUUCUACUCAUUGAAAAUCCGUGUAACACGGCCGCAUCGAGUGCAUUAUUGGCAAGUGAUUUUUUGGCACAGCCCGCCAGAAGAGAUAUGACGAAAUUAGGUUUUUCCAUUCCACGCGUACAUUCCGGGUCGACUACCUUUCGACGUCGAAAACACUCCUGUUCCCUUCAUCAACAUCAUCCACGGCAUUCAACAUCCUUCUCCAACAUUUUCUUUUCGUCAUCCUCACAAAGCACCUUUGAACCGUGCCGCGCCUUUAAACGGCAUGUUUUUGCACCCAACCGACUCGGCGAAGAGGCACGUCGGCGUGUCCUGCUCCUUCCAUUUGUUCGGGGAAAGCUUUGUACACCUGCCGCUAAAACACACAGCCGUGUCAUCUUCUUGCCUGGGUAAUUCGAUGAAAAACUCGAGGAACGGACAGUUUUCUGUCUCCCCCCUCCAU